AAUCGCAUGUUUCCUAAAGUGCCGAAUUACAGCAUCUGAGCAUGUAAACCGUCGAUCCGGACUUGGAAAAAAUUGCCGUUACAUAAUUGUUAACAUAUCUAUAGCUAUAUAAACGGACACAAUGUCAGCCAUCACAAAGAUGAGCAUACAGGGAGUGCGAAGUUUCGGUGCAGAGGCUAAUGACCGGCAAAUGAUGGAAUUUUUCUGUCCGUUAACUCUCAUCCUUGGGCCAAAUGGAUCAGGAAAGACUACCAUUAUUGAGUGCUUGAAAUAUGCUACAACAGGAGAAAUGCCUCCAGGUGCAGGAAAAGGAGCAAUGUUUGUGCAUGAUCCAAAGGUGGCGAGGGAGUCUGAAGUUAAGGCACAAGUAAAACUACAAAUGAAGGAUAUGGCUGGUAAAGAUAUGACAGUCACCCGAUCAUUUGUGGCAGUGCAGACGGCAUCUGUUGGCCUCUCAUACUGGCAUGUGGCGGGGAGUCUGAAGUUUAAGGCACAAGUAAAACUACAAAUGAAGGACAUGGCUGGUAAAGAUAUGACGAGUCACCCGAUCAUUUGUGGCAGUGCAGACUCUGUCAUCAAUAGUGUCAUCUUGUCACCAGGAGAAUCCAAUUGGCCGUUGUCAGAGGGAAAAGCGCUAAAGGAGAGAUUUGACGAGAUUUUUGCGGCUACGCGCUACAUAAAAGCGCUGGAUUCAAUCCGCAAACAGAGGGUAGAACAGCAGGGAGAAGUCAAGAUACACAACAGCGCACUCAAGUACCUCAAGCAGAACAAGGACAAGGCAGAAGAGAUCAAAGAUAACAUGGAGCGAAUUAAGACCAAAUUGUCAGUGUCCGUCGACUCUAUUAGAAAUUUAACAGAGCAGUUGGAGGCAGUUCAGACGGACAUAGAUGAGCGAGAGCAGCAGGCCCAUGAUUACCAGCAGCUGCAGACGCAGGACGACCGGCUAGCGGACGACUGCGUGCAGCUGCGUGCCCGCUGUUCGACGCUACGCGAUAACAUAAACGCGCCGUACGAGGGCAGCACCGUAGAGCUGCAGCGAGACAUCGAGCAGUUUGAGACGAGGCUCGGCCGACACAGGUCGUCUCUGUUGAAGCAAGAGGAACAGUUGAAUAAACUGUCGCGGGAACGUAGCAAGCUGGGAGAACAGAAAAGCCAACUUCUGCUGCAGCAGGGAAAACUAGAGACAGAAGCUGAGCAACACAAGCAACAGCUGAACAACAGGGAGAACCAGAUACACGAUAUUGCCUCCGAGUACGAACUCUCCGGGUAUGCUGUGAAGGGCCUCGCUGACUCUGCGAUCCAGCGAUUCACGCAGCAGUUGCACGAGCUUGCGGUGGCAGCACAGGCAAACAGCAAGACGACGAAGACGGACAUUGAUGAGCGAGAGCAGCAGGCCCAUGAUUACCAGCAGCUGCAGACGCAGGACGACCGGCUAGCGGACGACUGCGUGCAGCUGCGUGCCCGCUGUUCGACGCUACGCGACAACAUAAACGCGCCGUACGAGGGCAGCACCGUAGAGCUGCAGCGAGACAUCGAGCAGUUUGAGACGAGGCUCGGCCGACACAGGUCGUCUCUGUUGAAGCAAGAGGAACAGUUGAAUAAACUGUCGCGGGAACGUAGCAAGCUGGGAGAACAGAAAAGCCAACUUCUGCUGCAGCAGGGAAAACUGGAGACAGAAGCUGAGCAACACAAGCAACAGCUGAACAACAGGGAGAACCAGAUACACGAUAUUGCCUCUGAGUACGAACUCUCCGGGUAUGCUGUGAAGGGCCUCUAUGACUCUGCGAUCCAGCGAUUCACGCAGCAGUUGCACGAGCUUGCGGUGGCAGCACAGGCAAACAGCAAGACGAUGAAGGCGGAGUUUGAGGAGAAGGAGGCGGAGCUUCAGCGACAGAUUGACAGCUUCAGAGACAAGAAGACGCGACUGCAGCAGGAGGAGCAGAUGAAGGGCGAUACUGCGAAACGUAAUGUGAAAGAGUUACAUUCCCUGGGUGAGGAGCUGAGCAGAGUGGACGCCUCUAAAGGCAAACUGGAACACUUGGAUAAGCAGCUGAGACAGGCGGAGAGUGAGCUGAGGGCAGCGGAUGAAGCAAGUAACAUUGAGGAGCUGAAAGCAGAUGUUCAGAAGCUACAGAGUGACAAGGCAGAGCUAGAGAAACGAGCCAGCAACCUAGACACAGAGAUGGGACAGCUGCAUACACAGAGCAAGACUAGGACAGAACUGGACAUGCUAAGAAAGGAGAAGACAGACAAAGAAGACACUAUCAGGAAAAUACGAGAUCGGCACGAGGACACGAUCGUCCAUUUGCUCGGCCAUUUUCCUACAGAAAAUGUGAACAGCGCUCUGCAGGAUUAUAUCGGCCACCAGGCGGCAGGAAUGCAGCGUGCUACUCGCGGCCUGAACGAAACUCGGAACAAAAUGGCGGCGUGCACGGCCAAUCGCAACGUGCUGAAGGAGCAAGUUGAUAAGAAGGACAAGGACUUGCGGAAUCUGGAGGAGAAGAUCUACGAAGCUUGCGGAAGCCAGGAUUUCGAUGCCAGCAUGGAAGCGCUGAACACAAGUGUGGGAGCACUACAGGAUGAGAAGGGAGCGCUGACAGGAGCACGUCACCUCUACAGCAAGUUUGUGAAAGAUCUGCGCCGGAAGGCGGCGUGCCCGCUGUGUCGACGUGCUUUCCCCGAGCCGCGGGACGUGGAUGAGCUGGUGCAGGAUUUGAACAACAAGCUGAGGCUGGUACCGAACCAACUGGACAUGAAGGAGAAGGCGAUAGCAGAGCAACAGGUGAAGUACGGCACGCUACUGCAGCUGAAACCGCAGAAAGAACAGAUGGCGACGCUGUCUCAGAAGGAGGUUCCCGCGCUGCGGCAGACGAUGAGAGAGAUGUCGACGAUCAGAAGCGACUUCGCGAGCAGAUCGAUCAGGAGGAGGAGGGCCUCAACCAGAUCCAGAUGGACAAGUCGCUCGCCGGAGAGCGUGCAAGCAGACGUCAUCCUCAUGGACCGUUGCCACGACGACGUCAGACGACUCGAGAGCAAGAUCGCGACGAUGAGCGCACGGAUCGUUGGCGCGGAGGUGAUUCAGGAGAAGGAGGAUGUGCAGGUGAAGCUGCGCACGCUCGGCGUGCAGCUCGACGGGAAGCGAGAGCAGAUAGAGAAGCAGCAGGACGGCGUGCAGGCACUACGCGCCGCCGUCAACGACCUCAACACCGCCAGGCUGCAGGUCACGUACCUGAGCAGCGGCAGGAACGGGAGGCUGGAAGAGAGUAGGGAGCAGGUGGCGGACAUUGAAGCUCAGCUGGAGCAUGCCGCUGCCGACACCGCCGCCACGCAGCAGCGUAUGGACGACAUGCGCACAGAGCUAUCCUCACAGCAGGUUCGCCAGAGGGAGCUGCAAGACAGCUUGGAGGUGAGAAGGCUGGAGGAGGAGGAGAAGGAGAAGGUGGACGCACGGAGGAAGCUGGAGAAGCAGAUAGGGGAGCUCGACCGACAGAGCUUCUCUGCUGGUCUCAUCCGGAGGCUGCAGCAGAAACGGGAGAAACUAAGGAUGGAGAAACACUCGACGCAGGGCCGAGGCUGGCUUUGAGGAUCAGAUCGGCAGCUUCGCGAGCGAUCUCUCGAGCGAUCAGUAUCGC